UGCGCAGUGGCAACGUCUUGUCCAAGAUGUCGGCAGAAUCCUGACAUCGGCUAACGCUUUGCAUAACACUCGUUGCUCAAAGUUUUGUAUUUUCUAGUGUCUGUUAUUUGUAAUGCUUGCUUCCAGAGUAAAGCCGAGCGCUUCUGGCUCGCUAUUGCAUCGUUUUUGUGGAUGCUACUUCACUAGACGGCAUGAAAGCCAGACAGUGUACACAAAGCCCUCGCCCAAGGAGUAUGACAUGGUUGGCCCACCUGACUUGAAUUCCAACAUCAGGAAGAUGGCAUUUGCCCGAAGAGCAAACGAGACCCCAAGGGAACAGGGCUUCAGAAUGAUGAAAGAAUUUGUGCAUUCUUGGCACCAUGAUUUCUGGACCAGACACAACAAGAACUUCAAUGAGUCCAAAAAGAAAUUCUUGGAAGGAAAGGAAAAGAAAAGCAGUAAGCAGGCUGCCGAUGAGCUAUCUGUGUUUUAUAAAGAUUUCUUAGACAAGAACUAUCAGCUCCAUAAGGAGUACCAGUGGGAAGCCUUUUCUUCACCAGGGAAUGGUACAAAAAGAAUGUAAGAAUGUUGUGGCCAGCUUUCCUUACUGCACUAGAAAGAACAAUCAAAUCUGUAUAUCCAGGAAAUCAUAGGUAGCAAGUAAGGGACAUGUGUACAGUAAUGGAUUUCUGAACUCCUAGAGGUAAAGGAUCUGGGAUGUUUAAGAACUAUGGGCACCCUGUCAGGUAACACUACCAUGUGUAGCUAAGUACUGUAUCCAUGGAACCAUGGAAUGUAUGACUUUUUCCCCUUCUGCUGUACAGGGUUGUAACAGGGGAAGAAGCUUGGGGAUUCUUCCCCCCCCCCCCCCCCCCAAAGGCAAUGACUUGUUUAAUAUUUAAAACAAGGAACAAAAAGCAAAAUAUACUAUUAUUUGCAGUUACAUGUACUUUGCAUCUACUGUUCAACAAACAAUAAAUUUGUAAAAAAGGUA